AUUAAUUUUGUUUAAUUUAAGAACUAAACCCCCAUAACACAACACCACAAUAAAUUUGGGGAACAGUAGUGAGCAGAAAAAAAAUGAAGGCGUUAGGAUGGUGGUUGAUUGUGGUUGGGACGCUUCGAUUAGCCUCCGUGUGGUUCGGUUUCUUCGACAUUUGGGCACUUCGACUCGCCGUCUUCUCUCAAACUUCCAUGACUGAAGUUCAUGGACGCACAUUUGGAACUUGGACACUAUUGACAUGCACCCUCUGCUAUAUCUGUGCAUUCAACCUUGAUAAUAAGCCUAUUUACCUUGCUACUUUAUUGUCAUUUGUCUAUGCGUUUGGUCAUUUCUUGACCGAGUACCUAAUUUAUCAAACAAUGGCAAUUUCAAAUCUCACUACCGUAGGCAUAUUUGCAGGAACAUCAAUAAUAUGGAUGCUAUUGCAAUGGAAUGCACACCUGAAAGUUCGCUCGAAGCCUUCUAGUAGAAAGCAUUAGCAAGCAAAAUGUCAUGGGAUGAAAGUGCAAUGUGAUUGGUACUUUAUUAGACUUGUCGCAUGUUUGGAUUCAUGGUGAGUUUGACAGAAUAGCAGCGAGCUACUAUGAUUUUGCUAAAACUAUAGUGUAUCUUUUACAAAACUAUGGUGGGCAACACGCACUGUCUAUUAGGAAAUCAAAGAGUGUUAGGAAAUCAAAGAGACGAGUCUCUAAUUUCUCAUUGUUGUCAUUUUACUUCACUUUAUGAUAGUAGUUUCAAUUGUAACAGCUAUGUUAUUUUUCUUUACAAGACAAACUUGGAUCAAUUAUUUCUGACCGUUAAUUAUUAUUUCAAAUCAAUCUUAAGGUCAAAAAAUCAUAUUCUGCCAUGUGCACUGACAAUCUUGAACCUUGGUACAGGGUGGCCUUACAACAACCUUUCCUUACCUGCUAACAAUAACCAUUUUUGUUGUUAUAUAUUUGAGAGUAUUUGAAUUCGAAUAUGAAGGAAAUUAACUGUCAAAUACUCCAAAGAAAACACUGGAACCAGCCUGGCUACUAGUACGUUUGAAAGCAUAC